AUGGCAAGCAUUCAGGAGGCAAUCGGAGGACCGCAGGUCCCAGAAAUCUACGGAAACGAGUGGAAGCUGCGGAUCAUCUGUUGGUUCCGAGGGGAGCAACAGCACAAAGAUCCUGUUGAUAGGGCAUGUGAUAAGCUAUGGGAAAAUGACAGGCUGGAAGAGCAGCAGAAAAAGCAGCGCCAGAUCGAGCAGGAAGCGGUCGACAAACUCAAUGAGGUUAUCAAGAUCUGUGAGAAUAUGCUGGAUAACCCUCCCGAGGAUGAAGAGGCUUUAGCCAAUGAGGUGGAGCGCUGCGAUAAUUUCAUCAGCCAGGUAUCUGCUAUUGAGAACCCAAGCACGGGGGAAGUUAAAACGACACUCCCUCUCCGGAUCGGCGACAUUGGCCGCCUCGAUAUCGGCUACAGCCCCUUCUAUAUCGUUCGCCAGAUUCCCACUUCUCUUUCGGACGCGCAAGCAGUAUGCGGUAUUGCAUCUAUGGCGCUGGCAUCGGUUGACGAUUUGCGAGAGCCGCAGGAAUAUCAUCUCUACACCCAGCGGAUCUACACUUAG